GUGUUGCAGCAUGUCGUCACUGUAAUAAACACCAGCACACUGUCUGCUAAACUACAGCGUUGCUUUUAAACAGCGCGAAAAGACGCAGUUGAAAAUUAUUCCGUUACUACCAGAGACUGAAGAACAUGACCUCUUCCAUCAGCGCAGACAGCGGGAUGGUAGUCAUCACCCAGCUUUCCCUGCCUGCUCCCGCUGCGGCUCCGAGGGGCCAGGUGGAGCCCGGUACUGCGUUAUCUACAGAGUCAUACCAGAUUAAGGCGUUUCUCAAAGGAAAGCCGAAAGUGCUCGGGGGCCUCCAGAUCUGCAUCGGGGUGCUGAACAUGGUGUUUGGUGCGGUUCUGACAUUGAGUGGGAACAUUAGUACAGCUAUUACAGGAGCCCCAUACUGGACUGGGGCUUUGUACAUCAUUUCUGGAUCUCUCUCUAUCCCAGCUCCUAAUGUUAGGCUGAUCAAGGCAGCCCUGGGUAUGAAUGUGGUGAGCAGCGUUGCAGCUGUUCUUGGAAUAUGCAAUUACAGCAUCGAUAUCGUCAUUUCUACUAUACAACGAUAUUGCUAUGGAUAUUACGAUCAGUUCUGUUGGGGAUAUGUUAAUAAAGAGACUGUCCUAAACACAGUGCCUCUGAUCCUAACCCUGCUGGAGUUCUGCUUGGCCAUCUCUGUGGCUGCCUUUGGGUGUAAAGCGGUCUGCCACGACUCCUCCACGCCUGCGGUUGUCGUGUACAAUUCCUUCAGCCCUGCGGAGGUUCGGGUGCAGAAUCUCUACAGUGAGACUAAGGAUGCACCUCCGUCCUAUACAGAGUGACCAAGAGGAGGAUUCAUCCCACAAAUACAAUACCAGGGAUGGGACUAACACUCCUGUUGCAAAGCAAUCUGAUCCAUUCCUGGUUUUACUAGGAUUUAGACACCUGAGCCUGGUACCUACACACUGUGGUUUCUCAACGCAUCUCUAGCCCCUCUGUGGUGGAACCAGCUAUCGGAGAACCUCAGGACUCCUCCGUCUCUCACUGCCUCCCUCCACCCCCUCAAGACCCCCCUGUUCAGACUGCGCUUGUAAUCUCUUGAUCUGCCCCUCCUGCUCUGCACUGGACUCGCCUGACCUCAGCACCAUGUUACUGGAUCCUCGGCUGAUGCGCUAUCCUUGCACUAUUGCACUGCUAAUAAGUCAUUGUAGAUAUAACUUGUUGUAAUCCUAACUUGUUGCGUCCUAUUUCAUAUUGUAUUUUAGCACUACCAUUUGCAAUUACUGUAAGCUACACUGUAUUUAAUAUAAAUGUUGCAUUGUAGCCCUGUACUGCCCUGUAACACCUGCAAGUCAAUAAGACUCCCCAUUGCAGAGCAGUUUGAUCCAUUCCUGGUUUUACUAAGAGUUUAAUAAGACACACCUGAGCUUGUUACCUAUACACACUGGGGCUAAUCAAGCUCCUAGUAAAACCUGGAAUUGCUAUGCAAUAGGAGUUAUUACCAUCCCUGCAAUUACAAAUCAACCCAUAAAUAGUAAGUCAUGGCAUUCUUCUUGAGUGCCUUCAGAAGUAUGAUCUCUGGAACCUGUCACUCCUGGGUGUCUUCUUGCCUGUCCGGACGCAUGCAGUCUGUUUUCUAUGCUGGACGCAGUGGUGUCGCAAACCCAGUCACUUGUGGUGUCCCUCAAGGGUCUGUUCUUGGGCUUCUUCUCUUCAACAUCUACAUGCUUCCUUCAUGUUUCACUCCUAUGCUGAGGACACCCAGCUCUACUUAAAACUAGACCCUGGAUGAUCCACUGGCAUGGUCCGACUCUCGGAUUGCAUUCAAGACAUCGAGGCCUGGAUGUUUGCUAAUGUUCUUCAGCUCAACAAAUCUGAACUCUUUCUAGUAGGAUCUAAAACUCAAUUUAACAAUCUCAAUAUAGCUGCCCUGAACCUCCGGAACUGUCUGCUGCUGCCUUCCCCCACAGUACGAAGCGUUGGUGUACUUCUGGACAGCAACCUCUCCUUUGAUGCCCACAUUUGCUCCGUGGUCAAAUCUUCCUUCGAAACAUCUCUGUCCCCACCUUUCCCUCCCAGAUGCGGAGAUACUCUGUCAUGCAUCUCCUCUCAGCUCAACUGCUGCAACUCUCUCUAUGGUGUUCUCCCUCCACGCUCCAUCAACUGACUGCAGCUAGUUCAGAAUGCCGCUCCCAGGAUCCUUACCAGAUGUAAAAAACAUGAUCGCAUCACCCCCCUGUCUUGCCCAGCUGCCCUGGCUACCUGUAAAGUUCAGCAUUACUUUCAAAACUCUCCCACCGUCGCUCGCUUUAAAUCAGCUCCCAAGCCACUUGUUCUCUCUCGCUCCCCCUGCUCUUUAAGCCUGAUGUCUGUUAUUAGCUGCUGUGUUGUAGCUAUUUUUUUUUCUCUCACAUCCACAGUGUUUUAGAUUUGUAUUUCAUGUAUUAUGCACUUUCCACUGUAUUUAAUGCAUUAUGCAUGUUUAUUUUUUACUGUACAUCAUGUAUUCUGCAUUUCUCUGUAUUUAAAGUAUCAUGGAUUUUCUGGUUGUUACUGCAUCUUGUAAAGCGCUUUGUGAUGGUGGUCCUCUAUGAAAGGCGCUAUAUAAAAUAAAGAUGGAUUGACUGAC